GAUGGAUAUGAGUGUGAGCAAACUCUGGGAGAUAGUGAUGAACAGGAAAGCCUGGCAUCCAUGCAGUCCAUGGAGUUGCAAAGAGUUGGACAAAUGUUAGUGACUGAACUGAACUGAACAGAUGUUUAAGAAACCAUAUCUCAGAGACAGGGAACUUGUCAAUGUGUCUUUUUUCACCUGCUCCCCAUCACUCCCCUGCUCCCUAGAACUGGACUCCCAGUGCCAAGGGCACAUGGACUUUCUUGAUGGUUUGCCGUGUCAUUUUCUCAGCAGAUCUGACCCUCCUCAACUUUAUCUAGGAUGUUGUGUCAGGAUGUUCACCAAUUUGGUCAAAAGCUGGUCCGCAGGCGGCUACUGGAACCCAGGGAGGGGUUUGAGAGGCCCAAGGCUGAUCAUCUGAACACUCUGGACCUGGUGGCCUUGGGUGUGGGCAGCACCCUGGGAGCUGGUGUGUACAUCUUGGUUGGAGAAGUGGCUGUGUAUGAGGCUGGACCAGCAACUGUCAUCUGCUUCUUUGCGGCCGGAGUGUCGACUCUUUUGUCCGGGCUCUGCUACGCGGAGUUGGCAGCCUGGGUACCACGCCCCGGUUCUGCGUAUCUCUACAGCUACAUCACCAUGGGUCAGCUGUGCGCCUUCAUCAUUGGCUGGAACCUCAUCCUGUCCUUUGUCAUGGCGACUGCCUGUGAGGCCAGAGCCUGGAGCUACGCCUUUGACAGCCUGAUUGGGAACCACAUCUCUCAGGCGUUACAGGAGAUGUUCUCCCUGCAUGUGCCCCACUUCCUGGCCACCUAUGUCGACUUUUUUGCCUUCGUCCUGGUGCUGCUGCUCACAGGACUGCUGGUUCUGGGAGUUCAUGAGUCAGCCCUAGUUAGCAAAGUGUUCACAAGCUUGAACCUUUUGGUCCUCAGCUUCGUGAUCCUCUCUGGCUUCAUUAAGGGAGACCUGCACAACUGGAAGCUCACGAAUCAGGACUACUCACUGAACACAUUGAACACAUCUGGAUACAGUGACAUCUCUAGUUUGGGCCCUCUGGGUUCUGGAGGGUUUGUGCCCUUUGGCUUUGAAGGGAUUCUUCAUGGAGCGGCGACAUGUUUCUACGCCUUUGUUGGCUUUGAUGUCAUUGCCACUACAGGGGGUGAAGUCCCAAAUCCUCAUCGUUCCAUCCCCUUGGGCAUCGUGAUUUCACUCUCCAUCUGCUUUUUGGCAUGUUUUGGUGUCUCGGCGGCACUCACCCUCAAGGGGCCCUACUACCAGAUUCAGCUUGAGAGCCCCUUGCCGCAGGCUUUUCUCCACGUUGGGUGGGGCCCUGCCAGAUAUGCUGUGGCUGUUGGCGCCCUCUGUGCUCUUACAUCCAGUCUCCUGGGUACUAUGUUCCCCAUGCCUCGGUUGAUCUAUGCAAUGGCAGAGGAUGGGCUCCUUUUCCAGGGCCUUGCUCGGAUCUAUACCCGCACAGGCACGCCCAUCAUGGCCAUCAUAUUUGCUGGAAGUCUUACAGGGGUCAUGACUUUACUCUUUGAGCUCAGUGAUCUUGUAGACCUCGUGUCAACUGCGAUGUUACUCGCUUACUCCCUGGUAGCAUUUUCUGUCCUUGUCCUCAGGUAUCAGCCAGACCAAAACUUAAGCACCAAUGAGGCAACAGAGGAGGAAAUUGAUAUUUCUCUGCUAGAAGCUAGUCGUUUUGAACCUCGGCCUGAAGCAAGAUCCUCAAACAUUCUAAAGAGUCUCUGGUGCCCCAGUAACACCAUCCCCACUGUGAAAUCUGGGCAGACUGUCUAUUGGUGUGCCUUCUUGCUUGUUCUCCUGCUGACCAUCCUGAGCCUGAUCCUGGCCCAGUGGCCCAGCCAGGUGUUCUCUGGAGACCCCGUGCUCACAACAGUGGCUGUGCUGCUGCUGCUGCUCAUCACUGGGGUCACGGUCAUCAUCUGGAGGCAGCCCCAGAGUCCCUCUUCUGUUUACUUCAAGGUUCCUGCUCUGCCUGUCCUCCCACUGGUGAGCAUCUUUGUGAACGUUUACCUGAUGGUGCAGAUGGACACUGGGACCUGGGUCCUAUUUGGCAUUUGGAUGGGGAUUGGAUUUGCCAUAUACUUUGGAUACGGGAUCAGACACAGCCUGGAGAACAGUGAGCCACAGCCACCAGCCUCCACCUCGCAGACUUGACAAAAACAUUCCUAGUGAUGAAUGAAUGAUGAAUCUGUUUCCACAAGAACAGAUGUUGUGUGGAAUCCUUCUAUGCACUGGAGGUAUCUUGUGGUUCAAGGGGCAUUUUGAGCCUCUAUGGAGCUUGAGGUUGGAAUGCAUUUAGAGCCCUGUGUUCAUUGGUAGUGGACAAAACGGCUUCAGAGUUGUAUAAUUUUAAGUUUUCCAAGCUUAGUAUGCAUGUAGAAAAGUGCAUGCUUCAUAAGUGAGUAGCAAGAUCAGUUUUCACAAAGAAAGUACAACAAUGGAAACAUGAUCCUGAGGAACUAAUAAAAUAUUAAUGGGCACAUGAGAAAUAGUUUCUUGUGUCUCAUUUCCAGUGCAAAUACAGAUUGUAAUCUGGGAAGGAAAUGCAGGUAACUAUAUAUUGUGUCAAAUGUUACACCUC